AUGUGUCCUGGCAGGCAGCAGCGAAAGAAGCCGAACGUUCGAAAGCGUCGGCAAAACCGCGAAAGGCUGGCCCGAGAAGCUGCCGGGAGCAGCAAUGACCACCUGAGGUUGGUACCUGCUGCUGGGAGCAGCCUGAGGGAGGCUGAGAAGAAGGAGGACAAGAAAGACGAGAAGAAGUCUGAAAAGAAGGACGACAAGAAGGAGGCGAAGCUGCCUGACAAGAAGGUGGAGAAGAAGGAGGACGAGAAGAAGCCUCCAAAGGCGGAGGAUGAAAAGAAGGCAAAGGAAAAGAAGGAUGACAAGAAGGCUGAGGAGGCGGCUAAGAAAAAGGAAAAGAAGGAUGACAAGAAGGUCGAGGAGGCGGCUCAACAGAAGAAAAAGGAAAAAAAGGACGACAAGAAGGCUGAGGAGGCGGAUGACAAGAAGAAAAAGGAAAAAAAGGAUGACAAGAAGGCUGAGGAGGCGGAUGAAAAGAAGAAAAAGGAAAAGAAGGACGACAAGAAGGCCGAGGAGGUGGAGGAAAAGAAGAACCAGGAAAAGAAGGAAGCGGCUGAGGAGUGGGCUUUGCACCGCCGCAAGGCUGAGGAAGCCGUGAGGAACCUGAAGAGGCCUUUGACGCCUGAGAAAGGGCACGGCAAGGGCAAGAAGGGCCGGAAGGGGAGGGGGAAGGGGAAAGGAGAAGAGAAGAAGGAAAAGAAGAAGAAGGAUAAGAAAAAGAAAGAUAAGAAGAAGUCCAAAAAGGACAAGAAAGACAAGAAGAAAAAAAAGGAGAAAAAGGAAAAGGAUGAAAAGAAGCAUUUGUUGACUGAUCCUGAGUCCAGAAGAUAUUGUGGCAUGUCCUUUGAGGAGCUGCUGUCGAUGUACGUCUCGCGUGCCUCGGUCCUGGUCUUUCUUCGAGACUCGGUGAAGGGAGCACCGGACCGCUUCACGGAGGGGACGUUCAACUGUCCGGUGCCUGAGAAUGCCGACCACAAGGAGACCCUGAAGCAG